GUGCAUCCAAUCCGAUCGCAGAUCAGCGCUCCCGGGCUCCCUCCACACUACGCGUUACCACCGACCGGGACUCAGACCAGGUCCGUCGCCAAGACUCAUCCACGGCAGAUCGCGGCGAGGGAGCGGACGGAGCCACAAGACGGGACCGAACCAGAGCGCGGAAGGCGGACAGGGAGCACGGACUACGGCACAGACGACCGGUGGCCGCGGAGAAGGUGGAGCACAAGCCAACAUUUUCCGCCACUGGCACCGAGACAGAGCUAGCGGAAUGUAAUGCUAGCAGGCUAGCUAACGUUAGCCAGCUAAUUAGCUUGUUAGGCAUCCAGGAGUCGGACUGUGGUCUUUAUUAGCUCGGGGCACCGUAUCAGCGCUUUCUGGGCAGAACUGCGCUUAAUGAGCUUCGGACGCGGUCUCGACACGUUCGCAAUGAUCCGUGUCGAAUAGCCGACGCUCAGUUAGACAGUAACGGUGGAUAUAUUGAUGAGAACGGCUCGAUAGUCUCCGUCUGCGCGUCUGGAAGAGGCUGAAUCCAUUGUGAGCAUCGAGCUGAGGGGAAAUCACUGACUGGAGACCGCGCCGUCCAAUGUUAAUGUCGACCGACGUGGCUUCUAUCAUGCUUCCCGUUGGUCGGGGGAUAAUGGACCGGGAGCGAGACGUUGAUCCAGCAGCCGGACCCCUUGCGAACGCGGCCGGGGGUCCAGCAGCUGUGCGGGGAAUGAAGCGCGGAGACCCGGAGCCCGACGCGCAGACAGCGGCUGCCCUGGCGGACCUGCCCGGGGCGGAGUGCAAGAGGGCGCGGAUAGACGGCACCGGCAGCGUCGUCGGUGACAUCGGCCAGAACAAUGAGCCGUUAAACCCUGGUUUCCAUGGAUACCCACCUCACAGUCAGGGCUCCCAGGAUUCGACAGGAGGACAGGAGGGCUUGGUGGCCCCACCCUUUGCAGCAUUCCCUCCUCCUCCCCCUCCACAAAACGGGCUCCCAGGCACAGAGUUCGGCCCUGGGACCAUGUUUGGCGCCGGAGGCCAAGGUGCAGCAGAGGGAGCUGGGUCGAAUGGAGCGCCCACUUCCUCCAGCAGCACCAGUAACAAUGGGAAGGUGGAGGAGGCCUCCCAGGGUGAGGUGGGGGUGCAGUGCAUUGGAGGAGCCUCAGGAGCAGGUGGCUCUGCAGGAGAGUCUGCAGAUGCCAAAGGGACCCCAAAGCGCCUCCACGUCUCAAACAUCCCUUUCCGUUUUCGGGACCCUGACCUCAGGCAGAUGUUUGGGCAAUUUGGGAAGAUUCUGGAUGUAGAGAUAAUUUUUAAUGAGAGGGGUUCGAAGGGUUUUGGUUUUGUGACAUUUGAAACCAGCGCAGACGCAGAGAAAGCCAGAGAAAAGCUCCACGGCACGUUGGUGGAAGGUCGUAAGAUCGAGGUCAACAACGCCACAGCCAGAGUGAUGACCAACAAGAAGCUGGUCAGCCCCUACCCCAACGGAGAGGCCCUCAGCACGCUGCCCUAUGCAGGGUGGAAGUUGAGUCCGGUGGUGGGGGCCGUGUACGGGCCGGAGCUCUACGCAGUUCCAGGGUUCCCCUACCCCUCAGCGGCGGCGGCCGCCACAACGGCGGCGGCGGCGGCGGCGUUCCGCGGCGCCCACCUGCGGGGGCGGGGCCGGCCCGUCUACAGCGCCGUGCGUGCUGCCGUGCCCCAGCCCGCCAUCCCCACCUACCCCGGACUAGUGUUUCAGGACUCAGUCCUUAGUCCCAGAUUGCCUCAGGGAGGCUACCCCGCUGCAGCCGCCGCCGCCGCCGCCGCCUACCGCUACGCCCAGCCUGCAGCCGUAACCGGGGCAACCGCUGCAGCCGCCGCCUACAGCGACAGUUACGGCCGCGUCUACACCACAGACCCCUACCACGCUCUAGCUCCGGCUGCUGCUGCUUACGGGGUCGGCGCCAUGGCCAGUUUAUACCGGGCAGGAUACAGCAGGUUUGCUCCGUACUAGCACCACAGCCCGCAUCCACGAACCUCCCGUUACUCCAGAACCCCUUGUUUCCAGCGCGCCUCCAUGUUUCUGCAGAUGGACUUUCUUUGUCUUUUUGUUUUUGUGGCGAACCACAUCAUCCCUCACUACGCUUUCACUACUCUUUAAGUUUGUCACUGACAUGGGAACCAUGAGAAACCACCGGGAGCGUGACCCACGUAGGAGGACGGGUCUGAACGCCAGGCACCUGUCUGGACCGACACUAAAUCCACGUCCCUGUAAUCAGACCUGCACAUGUCCGUUAGGCACCAGCAGGAUGCUGCUUCAAACACUACAUGGGUGGAGAACCAGGACCGGACCGGGACCCGACGCUGACGGAGAAGCUGGGACACGGUCUGACUGACUCUAUGGGAAUAAUUUUACCUCUUAGUCUUAGUUUCCGACAUUCUCCCCGUCCCCACCCAAACAACCAGGAAACACGAGGAAAAAAGAAGUCAUGUUUCAAAAAAGGAUGAAAAUGACAAAGGAAAAAAAGUGUUUGUUUUUCUGCAUUACCUCAGUUUUUCUUUUGCUGCGUCACAGACGUUGAUUUUGUUCUCACUCCUGAUCUGCACGUUUAUUACUAUGAGUGCGACACUACGAUGGGAUGAUGGGUCUUUCUGCCCACUUAGCCCACUUAGAGCAUCCACCCCACCCCCCUUUCCCCCCAGGCUCACGGGGCUUCACCAUAAAAGGACUCGGUGCACCUUCUUCCACGUCCUGGACCGCGACGAGCCAAGGAAGCGCUGCUGAACACGAACAGAGCUGGUUGGAAGCAGAGUGCGAUAUUUACGCCUGCAGGCACCAGGCGGAGCAGAACCGGUGCCUGGUCCCAACUCAGCAGAACAGAGCGGGCCACAUUAAAGCCCUCAAGCAGUGAGGCCUCUGUUUAUAGUCCUAGGUGUCCACAUCGGUUUGUAAUUUUGAAUCCUGCGUCUCUGGGAUUGUAGUUUUAAAUUCUCUACCGGCCUCUGAGGCAGAACCUUUCUACCCCCGUCUCCAUAUCCUGUGCUGUUGUUGCUAUUAUUUGCUUUUGGUUCCAAAGAUUUCUUGAAGCAAGCACAUUUUUGGUCCUGAUGUAUUUCUUAUGUUAAUGUUUUCUAUUUUAAAAUCUGAGGGUUGAAGCUGAAUUUUUGUGUUUGCUGCCCGUUGAUCAUUUCAGUCCACGCACUCGUCUCACGGCUCCUCGUGGUGACAAAGGGAAGUUAUUUAGCUAAAGGAGGGAGGGGGAGGCGCGUGCAGCGCUGCGGCUCAGAGGAGCAGCGUGUGGGAGCGAGAAGCCGAGCCAUUAAUCAGAAACCGACAGGACGACAUCAGCUGCUGCCUGUAGCCGGUGGGGCGGACGGUCACACACAGGAGGCUGCUGGUGAUGAGGAGGAGUGUUUUUGAUGUGUGUUACCUCUUUUUGUCUUAUUAUUCCUUACAAGUAUUAUCAGAAGUGUUACUAUGCAUGCCUGUGUCAGAGAGGAAGGGCCUCAUUUCAUUUGUGCAUGAAAUCGAAUCCUAGUGCUGGAGGAGCUGUUCACGUAGCAGGAGGUUGUGAUGGGAGGCGACAGACGUGAAGAAGCUCUCAGCGACGGUCCAGUUCUGGGUGCGGAGGAGGGGGGAGGGGUCGGUCCACCGGGCUUCAGCUCAUCUCAUCAUGUGUAGGUUUAAAGAGCGCGAUCGACUCGGCCUCGUGCUCCGACCCGCGUACGGCGGCCUGGACGACCCGACCCCCCCUCUGCCCGGACCCAGCGGCUGUAGAGGCAUUUCAUGAAUGGGUUUGAAUCGCAUGUGGAGGUUUUUUACAUCACAUGCUCCUAAAAGCUCAUUUAUCAAGUGAUUUUUUUAUUUCAGUAAGUGACAUGUAUUUUCUUUGUCAUCCUUGUGUCUGCUUUCUGUUUAUUCUUCAUUAUUAUUGAAUGUAUAUAAUAAAACUGUUUGGUUUUUA